AUGGAAGAUUUAGAACCAAUCCGUGACGCUGAACAGAGUUCGUUCUGUGUGGAAUUGCUGAGGCGACUUCACAUGCAACGAGGAGAAAAUUAUUUGUGCGACAUUACCUUGGUGGCGAAGGAAGGGAAGGAAUUCAGAGCCCAUAAAAAUGUGCUGUCGGCGGUGAGUCCGUUUUUUGUGAAGCUUCUUAAGAGUGAUAUGAAAGAAAAAGAACAAGGAAUCAUUCGAUUUGAAGAGAUUUCGGAGUCUAUCUUAGCAGAUGUGUUGCACUUCAUCUACACUGGCAGUAUCGAAGUAAAAGAUGAAGAAACUGCAAAGGAACAGAUAAUGGCAGCGGAAUAUUUACUUCUUGUGAGUCUGAAAACCCGCUCAGGGCGGUUUCUAGAGAAAUUAUUGACCAACGAAAAUUGUAUUUCAACUCUUCGCUUUGCUCGGAAAUAUCGCUGCGAAGAACUUGUUGCAAACAGUACGAAGUUCAUUCACGACAACUUCGCAUCUGUGGCAGAAACAGAUGAAUUCUUAAACCUAGAAGCUGAAGAGGUUGAGGAAUGGAUUUCAAGUGAAAACAUUCGUGUAGCAGCUGAAGAAGACAUGUUCAGAGUCAUUCUAAAGUGGGUUGAACAGAAAAACGAGCGUAAAGCAAAAUUCGAGCAGCUGUUUCGUCACAUUCGACUGGUUUCCCUAUCGCGUGACUAUUUGCAAGUUGAUGUCGUGACGAAUGAUCUGGUGCGCGAGAGUGGCCCUUGUUUGAGGCAGGUUCUGGAUGCUAUUAAGUUCGUUAGUAGUGCAAGCGACGAAACCCUUAUGCAGGCGGCAAAAAGAAGGCUUGAAACGCACACCAUUGCAGUUCGUGGGGGGAAGAAAACUUACUGUUACCUUCCUGAGAAAAAUGAGUGGAAGCGAUUAGCAGACGGAGUAUCAGAUACCCGAGACCAAACUACGCAGAUGAUAAAAUUCCGUGAUAAUUUGUAUAGCUUUCCUCGGAGUACCUGUAACGGGAUUGAAAGAUAUGAUCCUGUUUUCAACAGCUGGGCAACAGUGACGUUUUCUUCUCCUUUUGCAGAACACUCGUUAGCUGUUGUUAACGGACAGAUCCACGCUAUACACCGUCGUUAUGGAUCAAACCCUGUGAUUACGAGGUACGAUGUAGAUUUGUGUGUUUGGCAGACUGUUUCAUCCUCUCAGGACUUCCACUACAGUGAUGACUCUUGUGUUGUUGCCUGUGGCAACUGUCUGUAUGUGCUUGGUGGUGGAUAUAGUGAUAAAGCUGGCAGAUUUGAUGUAGUAGGGAAAAAAUGGGAAGAAAUUGCCUCGAUGUCAACAAGAUUGAAUCGCCCCUUUGGUGUGGCUACUCAAGAGAGGAUUUUUGUUACUGAUGGCCUAAACUGUGCAGUGUAUGAGAUUUCCACUGAUGAAUGGCAGGCCAUUGAAGGGUUGAAUUCUCAACACUUGUAUGGUAGCAUGGUGUACCUAAACGGAAUACUAUAUGUGUUAGGUGGUUUAAAUAAUCAAUUUUAUGAACGAACAACAGAGCUCACAGUUGAAGAGUAUGAUGCCAAAGUCAAUAAGUGGAUCCUUAAGUCCUCCAUUCCUGCAGAACAGAACUCUGAGAAACAAAAACCUACAUUUAAAGGCUGUACACUUAAACUUACCAGAGGACUGCUGAACAAACUAAACUGA